CAAAAUUGUUUCCUCUUGUAGUUCCCACAACUACCAUGUCAAGGACUCAUCGGUUCUCUGAUGGUAUUGCAGCAUCCUACUUUACCAGCACCUACCACCGUGUCGCUGACACUUAUAUUCUGUGCUCGACAUCAUGUGGCACUGUCAACCUUUUCACCAACCACACUCCAGGCAAGCACAUCCUCACCACGUCUCCUGCUCAACAACGCAAGAACGUUGAAAGCCUCUCAUUCACAGGCAAAUACUUCCGAGUCAUGCCCAUCUUUGGUGAUCUACGAGUCCUAGAAACAGGCUAUCUCUGCCACAACUGGCCUGUCCAACAGCUCAUUGCUCGUCACCCAGCCUUCAUACAACAAAUCAUCGAUUUCAACAUGCUAGAAGGAUGGACGAGCUUCCAUCCCUCCCUUCACUGGCUCCUUGCAGAUCUGUUGAAGCAGAUUGAGGUGUCUAGUGUCCACUGGUCUAGUAGCCAUGGCCUCGCGGUGCUCGUUAUGAUCGCCCAGAUCAGGGCAGGAUUAUGGUCAUCUCUCAUCAUCCUCGAUCCCAAUACCAUCAUUAUCUCUAUCCUCAACCGUUUCGGCCUCCUGUCAUUUUUCUGCGGUGAAGUCAAGAACUGUCCUUAUGAGGGCGUCCAUCUUCUGAGCAUGGUCGAGGAGCUUUUCUACGUCCUCAUGACUAUUCUUGGCGAGAGAGCCAGCGCCACCAAGCUUCCGUUCCAACGUGCCAUCCGCCACCUCAAGUGA